GUCCACGAGACCGCAAGUCCACAUGAAGUGCGCCAUUUGGGACAGGGCCUAGUUCACUCAGGUUUCGGACACCACUACAAGAUGGCGGACACCCGAAGUAGUGCACUAUAUCUGAGAUAGUGGGCGAAUUCAGACACAGCUUUAGUUUUCCUCACACGCUCACUCCUCAACAGACGGUGGCAGUAGCACACUUCUGUUAAAACAUGUUGAAACACAACAGACUACAGAAUAGAUAGAUACACAAGAGUCUCAUCUAGUACACACUCGUUGGGCGGCAUGGAUAUCUUUCUCAUGCAGUAAUCUUCGAUAAGAUACAGCACAUAACUUCAUGCGCUUAAAAACAUGUUAUACACAAACUGUCUUCGAUUACAGCUUUUGUGGAGCUUUGGUCCUUGUUUUAUACUAGCACGCGUCAGCAAGGAGUUGUUACGCUGUGUAUAAUGUGUGUUAUGUUGUAACAAUGUUUUAUUUAUCAUGUCGCACAUUCGCGUGUAGAGCAUUCGUCAAGUACACAGCGUUGUUGCGCGAGGAAACAUUUCUAAAACGAAACCCAUUGCGUAAGACACAGAGGAGGCUUUUCAACGCUAAACAUACUUGCCUUGAAUCGGACGCACUUCCAAUAGUUCAUCAUGUUAAGUACAUAAGUGACCUCCCAGAAAACCACAGGUUCCCCAUGGGAAAGUUUCCUAAAGUUCUGGAGUGUCUGCUUAGAGAUCAAGUCAUAACAGAUAAACAGGUUUGGGCCCCUAAAAUUGCAUCCAAAGAGCUUCUGGGUUGUGUGCAUACUGAAGAGUAUCUGGCCAACUUCAUUGGUGGAAAAAUCAGUGAGAAAGAUCAGAGACGGACUGGAUUUCCUUGGAGUGCUGGUUUAGUACAGCGCUGCAGAUAUGAAACGGGCGGUACUGUCCUGGCAGGUGAGAUAUCCCUGCAGAAGGGACUAGCGUGUAGUACAGCUGGAGGGACCCAUCACGCUUUCCCCGGCUACAGCUCUGGAUUCUGUCUGCUCAAUGAUCUGGCUGUGGCUGCCAGACACCUGAUGGGUGAUUCCACUUCUAGGAAGAAGAUUCUUAUUGUGGAUCUGGAUGUACAUCAGGGUGACGGCACGGCAUUGAUUUUUAAAGAAGAGCCAGAUGUUUUUACCUUCUCGAUGCAUUGUGGAAAAAACUUUCCUUUGCAAAAGCAGAAGAGUGACCUGGAUAUCAGUGUGGAAGACGGUACUGAGGACAAAGAGUAUCUUUCAAAAGUCCAGGAACACCUCCCUUGGUUACUGGACACGUUCCACCCUGAUCUGGUGCUGUAUGAUGCCGGAGUGGAUCCGCACCGGGAGGAUGAGCUCGGAAGACUUCGCCUCACAGAUCAGGGACUUUACCAGAGAGAUCUUUACGUACUUCAGACAGUCAUUAAAAAGGGCAUUCCUGUGGCCACUGUUAUCGGAGGAGGAUAUUCCAGAGAUAUCGAUCGUUUGGCACAGAGGCACUCAAUAAUUCACAGGGCUGCAUCCAAGGUUUGGAGAGAAUAUGGAUUGUAAACCCAUGAUGGAAAUGUACGGCAAACAGAGAGACCGUCUAUGAACUUUCUGCAAAUACAGUCAUCACUGUUGCCAAGGCAAUUUAAUUUAUUAAUAAAAUGUAAUAUUAAAAUCAGUUUUUGUCCUUUUUUAUAAAUUGUUGGUUUUUAUUAAUUAUUAUUAUAUUACUAGUAUUUAUUGAUCUUAAUUAAAACUAAUUUCAACAUUUAAAAACACAUUUUAAAAUUACCAAUAUACACCGUAUAAUGAUAUAUUGCGAUACAAAAAAUAUUUACGCUAUGUGUUUUUUUAAACAAUAUGACAUCUGUUUUAU